UAUUUGCGAUGUUCCACACUGUUCUGCUCUUGUGGAUCUUAGCAUCUUCUGUACAAGACUUAAGAACAACAAGCAUGUCGCAAGUAACAGCAAGCUGCCCACCCAAGACCUGCGGCAACCUGACUAUCUUAGAUCCAUUCUGGCUUGUCCAAGAGCAAGGAAUGGAGAGGCCAUGUGGUCUGAUAGACUACCAGGUCUACUGCUAUAAUAACAGUGCAUUCCUUCGGAGCAGCAUCCAUGACGGGUUAGGGAUCCUCAACAUCUUCUACCAAAACCGCACCUUCCUCACUGCCGAUAUUAGCAAAAUGGAGGACUUCGACCGCUGCCAAGUUCCGAUCACUAACACAUCCUUCAAACUAGGUUUUCUGCCAUUCAAUAUCAGCCAUGCGAAUCGAGAUUUGUUGUUCUUCUAUGAUUGCAUGGAUAACAUAGUACUGCCACAGCUGAAACAUGGACUUGUUCCAAUGCAAUGUGGAAAAAACGCAUUUGUUCGUCUCGCCAGAGGGCCGUACAGUGGUUCUCAUGACUAUGCAGAGUACUUUGUAGAUGGUUGCAAGACCACUCUCGUGCCAGUACUGGGGGCACCAGUGAAGAGGAUGAACACAGGCGACUACAAGGAAUUAAUCAGCGAUGGUUUUCUGUUAUCGUGGCCGGUGGUACCUAGCCAACUUUCAAGGGAAGCUGGUAGGCACAACAUCAAGUUGAUUUUGAUAGUUUCCCUGUCUGCUGCAAUCAGCUUGCUUUUUACAUGUCUUGUUUGGGGGAAAUACCGCCAAAAACAGAAACUAAGUCUAUUCAUCCUCCCAAAGCAGACUCGUAACAAAUCAAGCACAGAAGAAAUGUUAAGAAGAUAUGGACCUUUGGCUCCUAAAAGGUACAUGUACUCAGAGCUGAAGAAAAUGACUAGCUCUUUCAAGGAUAAACUUGGAGAAGGUGGAUAUGGCACAGUAUUUAGAGGUAGCCUACAAGAUGGUUGUAUGGUAGCUGUCAAGAUCCUAAAGGGAUCUAAAGGCAAUGUAGAUGAGUUUCUAAAUGAGGUAAUAAGCAUCGGUAGGACAUCACAUGUUAACAUUGUCGGUCUACUUGGUUUUUGUUUAGAAGGACCUAAGCGAGCCCUUGUUUAUGAGUACAUGGCCAAUGGUUCAUUGGAGAAGUAUAUUUACAUGGAGAAUUCAGAUCUGGUUAUUGGAUGGGAAAAGUUACAGCAAAUAGCAGUUGGAAUUGCACGAGGAUUGGAAUAUUUGCAUCAAGGAUGUAGCACUCGCAUCAUCCAUUUUGAUAUCAAGCCUCAAAAUAUCCUUGUCGAUGAAAACUAUUGUCCCAAAAUUGCAGAUUUUGGUUUAGCGAAAUUGUGUCACCUCAAGGAUAGCAUCCUCUCUAUCGCUGAAGCAAGGGGUACCAUUGGAUUCAUUGCUCCAGAAGUAUUCUCCAGAGGCUUUGGUGUCGUUUCGACAAAAUCAGAUGUUUAUAGCUAUGGAAUGCUGCUCCUAGAAAUGGUAGGAGGAAGGACCAACAGAGAAAAAAAGAAUACCGAGAACUCAAGUGAUGCGUAUUUUCCAAACUGGGUCUAUGACGCUAUAGCGGAACAGGUACAGAGUUGUGAAGUCCUGUGUGACCUUGAAGAGGACAUGAGAAAGAUGACCUUAGUUGGUCUAUGGUGCAUACAAACUAACCCUGGGCACCGUCCUUCGAUGAGCAAGGCAAUCGAUAUGUUGGAAAAGAACAUCAACGAAUUGGAGAUGCCACCGAAGCCAUUCCUUUCAUGUCCAUCAAUCCCAUCAGAUUUGUCGCCUCAUACAAAUUCUGAUUAUUCAUAAAAUUUUCUGUGUUCCCUGCUAUGUUACCAAUUUACCAUAGCCUCGACAAAUGUAAAUUCUAGUUGUUGCUGCAUUUACCAAUGAUAUUCUAGUGACUGGCCAUUGUAAGAUAAUUAUGACUUUCCCAAUGUUACUUCGUUUAUCUGAGAAUGGCUGAGGUAAGUUUAAAUCAAAGCCAUUU